AUGUUGUCUUCAAACUUGUUACUCUUCUCUCUAGCUAUAUUAAUCAUUACACUCCUCCGAAUACCAAAUAUUGCUUAUGCAUCUUUGGAGGAAACCAAUGCUUUACUUGAAUGGAAAUCAAGCCUUCAAAUCCCCAGAAACUCCUUGCUCUCUUCAUGGAUUCCCCUCCCUAUGAAUUCCAGUGCAUCAGUUCAAUGCACUUCUAGGUUUGGAGUAGUUUGCAAUGCUGAUUGGAGCAUUCACAGAGCAUAUGCACGCUAUGUUUUUAACAUUGACGAUCUCUCGCUGAAAUUGACGCUCCAAUUCCAAACUUCGUAUGACGACAAGAACAGACCAUUGCAGCUUCCGAUUCCGACAGCCUCCACAAUUGUAAAAUCUGAAAUUAUUCUUCGUUAACUUCUGAUUCAGG